UAUCAGUUAUUUCCCAACGUUAUAACCAAGAGAGAGAGAGAGAGAGAGUGGUUCAAAAAGUGGGAGAGGAAACGGCUAACGCCAGCCAGGACGAACGUGUGUGUGAUGGCAGAGCUCCCGUCUGGACUGCUGGAGGCAUGUGUCGUGGUUGGAGCACCCAGUGAUAAGCUUCGAGACAUAUACCAGCUUCAACAGCAGAGUAAGUUAAAAGAACUCCCUCUGCUGGAAGCUGAGGUACUGCAGGUCCAUGCCCCGCCAUUUGUUUCCAACUCCAGCCAGUUGAUUGGACCAGCUUUCAGUCGUGUCCAAAGGAGGAAGAGCUUCAUCAAAAAGAAGAGGCGAGAUCGUCCUGCAGAGGUGUUGCCUAAUGGAGAAACAACCAAUCGUACCGAAGUGUCCUCAGCAGCAGAGGACAUCAGUGUUCCAAAGGAUCUGGACCUCAUCGCCUUGCCACAGCUCUGUUUCCCUGGUGGUCUUCAGUUAGCCAAUGAGCAGAGAGAAGACAGUUAUCACUUCCUUGUGUUUACUGACCUUUUUGGGAACCGAACACAUGGGGUUGUGGUGCAGUACUACAGAGCUGUACAGUCCUGUCUGGAAGGUGCUGUCCAGAAUGGCCACAGGUGGAAUUCAUCAAAGUCCCGCCUCUAUACACCCUUUGCUAUGUGCGUCAUCGCCAAGUUCCCCUACUACAAUGCUCUGAAAGACUGCUUGUCAUGUCUCUUGGUCCAGUUGCGGCCUGGAAGACAAGCUGACUUUGAGGAGACCAUAAAGGAAUUUUCAGCCAAGCUGUCCCUGGUCCCUUUACCACCUCCUGGACAGCUACACGUGUCCUUCAACCUCCGUCCCCUCAACGUGGUUCUCCCAUCGAGGGAGGAUCAGGACAGCCCUGUUAUCGACAUUGACCUGCAUCUUCCUUUCCUCUGUUUCACGCAUACAACACUGCUCCAGGUGCUGUCCUGCCUCCUUCAAGAGCAGAGGCUUGUAUUCUUCUCUGCUGACUGGGCCAGACUCACUCUGGUCGCAGAGAGUUUGCUGCUGUACCUGCAGCCUCUGUCCUGGCAGCAGCCCUAUGUUCCUGUCUUGGCAAGAGGAAUGCUGGACUUCCUCAUGGCUCCUACAGCCUUCCUGAUGGGCUGUCACAUCAGUCAUUUUGACGAGGUUGCCGCUGAGACAGAAGAACUAAUUCUUGUGAAUGUUGAUGAAGGCAUCAUUCAGUCGUCAUGGUCUGAAACCAUCGACCUACCAGCUAUCCCUCAGGCUGCAGCUGAGAGCUUUAUGUCAAGGGCAGAGUGUCUCCAGCUUCACUAUGACUUGGAGCUGUGCCACCUUGGAGCGGGCACUGAUGCCAAUGCCCUGCGAUGCCAACGCAGAGAAUGGCAGACACGCCUCAACACACAGAUACAAAACAUUGCUCUGGAACUAGUGGUCAACAUCUUCAGAGGCGUCCAGGACUUUCUAAACCAUGAACACAGAGUAUUUAACAGUGAGGAGUUUCUGAGGACCAGGGAGCCAGCAGACCAGUCCUUUUACAAGAAGGUUUUAGAAACUCAUAUCUUCCACUCAUUCCUGCGAGACAGGCUGAACAGGAAACGGGACACCUUCAGCCGCAUGGAGCAAAACACACGUAACCAUGCGCACAGGAAUCGUGCGAUGACAGAGUCUCCUCGGCGUCCUCUCAUGUCUGAUCUGUCCAGGACUGGCUACAGCAGCUACAGCAGCCCUAAUGACAGACUGAGCAAGCGGCUGGGUGCCAGCCUGCCUAACCUGGAUCAACCUGCCAAUGACACUGUGACUACCAUCAGCUCCAACAGACCAGCCUCCCUCAGGAAGAUUACUCCUGACGUUGGGUUGAAGUUUCAUUUGAAAGCGGUGAAGGUUUUCCGCCUCCCGGAGUUCCCUCCUCCGUUGGCCUUUCAUUACGUCCAGAACUAUUAUUCUGACAUGGUUUCUUCCCUGGGGAAGGCUAUUAACGCUACACCACCUGACGAGUCUGCUCUGCUGGCCAGGUACCACUACCUGCGAGGUUUGGUAAACACUGUGUCCAACAGGCGUCUGGAUGCACUGGAGGAUUUCCAGAGUCUCUAUAAGACUGACUCAGAUAUCUUCCCUUCUCAGAUGGUUAAGUCCCUGGUUGACUCUCUGCCAGAAGGUGAACGGUUACAGGCGGACAGACGGCCAGAACUGAAACGACUCAUCAGUCAGGUCAAGAGGGACCAGGAGCGGGAACACGCUCGCAGCGGCAACUGGCACGAAGAAGAUGCCGUGAAGCGUUUCCAGCUGCCGAAGAAAUACAUGCAGCUGGGGGAGUUUGUGAAAUGUAUCCAGGAGUCCGGCAUCGUAAAAGACCAAGGAACCAUAAAUAGACUCUUUGAUGCUCUAACUGUAGGUCAUCAGAAGCAGGUUGGUCCGGAGUUGUUUAGAGUCUUCUACACCAUUUGGAAAGAGACUGAGGCUGAGGCACAGGAGGUGUGCUUGCCAGCGUCCGUCUUGGAGCAUAUUGAGCCCAGCGAGUGUGUCUUCAAGCUGUCCUCCUCUGUCAAGACAAGUCGCGGUGUGGGGAAGAUCGCCAUGACCCAGCGACGGCUCUUUCUGCUGACCGACGGACGACCGGGAUACGUGGAGGUGGCACAGUACCGAGAUUUGCAGGAGGUGAAAGUGUCCUCGGCUCCUUUCCUGCUUCUGCGAAUCCCCAGCCUGAAGCUGCGUGUUCAGGGCAGGAGAGAGACGUUCGAGGCCAAUUUGAAAACAGAGACCGAGCUAUGGAACCUGAUGGUCAAAGAGAUGUGGGCCGGGCGCAACAUAGCUGACCAACACAAGGACCCCCAGUACAUGCAGCAGGCUCUGACCAACGCCUUGUUAAUGGACGCAGUAGUGGGCAGCCUUCAGAGCAAUAAGGCCAUCUACGCUGCUUCAAAGCUGGCUCACUUUGACCGCAUCAAGAUGGAAGUGCCGAUGAUGGUUCCCAAGACAACUGCAGAGACGCUGAAGCACAAAAUCAACCCCUCGGUGGAGCUCGCUGCACCUCAGGCUGUAGAUGUACUUCUAUACACACCAGGUCAGUUAUGGGUAUCUGUGAGCAUGGGGAAGGUGAUGGUGUUUGAUGCCUCCAGCUGGUCCCUCACACACACCUGCCACGUUGGGAAUGCAAGACUGAACUGCAUGCUGGGAGUUGAUAAGGACCAGAUCUGGAUGGGCUCUGAAGAUUCGGUUAUCUACAUCAUCAGCAUGGUGGCCAUGGUCUGUAACAGACAGCUGACUGAACACAGGGCAGAGGUCACUGGACUGGCGCUUAACACAGACAAAUACAGCCAGAAGGUGGCGUACUCCUGCAGUGCAGAGGGAAGUGUCAUGGUGUGGGACGUCGCGACACUACAGGUGAAGAGGCAGAUUCACCUCUCCUGUGACCGUCUGCAGUCCGUCUACAGCUGUAACGGGACGCUGUGGUGCUGCUCCAGGGACAAUAUAAUGGAGCUGUGGAGAAACGGUUCAACAAAAUAUCGUCUGAAUCUACCAGAGCAGCAAAGAGACUCCACAGCUACAUUCAGCUCUAUACUGCUGUUACCUGAGAAGGAGGAGCUGUGGAGUGUUUGUGUGGAUUCAGGAGAAGUGUGUAUUUGGCACAUUAAGGACACUACCAAACCUUAUCACCGUGUGGCUCUACAGGACUGCAGCGGAUGUAACUGCGUGAUCAAAGUUAAAAAUCAGGUGUGGGUCGGGGGUGUUGGCCGCAGCUCUACCAAAGGAAAAAUUUACAUCCUGGACAUUGAACGCCACCAGAUCCUGAAGGAGCUUCACGGUCACAACGACAAGGUGACGGCGCUCUGCUCAGCGGAGGAUCGGUACGUCCUCAGCGGAGCUGGCAAAAACGACGGAAAGGUCGCCAUCUGGAAGGUGGAAUAGAGCGUUUGACUGUCUGGAAAUGGACUUAUUAUGAAGUUGGAGUACAAGUUCUUAAAGGGGAACAACACCUACAUUAAUAAUUUCAAUUAGUUAUUUCCAUGGCCUCGGAAAGUUCAGUCAAUAUUUUUGAAACUUGAGCUACUCUCUCAAAGCCAGAAACCAUAGAUUGAAGUCCAAACUUGUGAUGUCAUUAAGUAUAUAAUCUGGAGCUGCUCCAUAGAAUGAGAGAUUUUGGGGACCCACAGAAUGUUUUGUAUUCUUUCUGUUUGUAUACCCAAAUGGAACAGAAAAUUUUCCCAUAUACUCAGAACAUUCCCCUGGGUGCUCUGUGUCAUCUAUAACAUCUUUCCAAAUUCAUUGCCUAUGGAGAAGUUCCAGACCUGAUACUUGAUGACAUCAUAAAUUUGAGUUUUAGCACUCAAGUUUUUGGAUUUGGGAGAGAGUUGUUCAUGUUAAAGGUCCAGUGUGUAACAUGUUUAGUCGUUCAUUAUCAAAAUCUGUAUUGCCCGUUCACAAACUUCAACCAUCAUCAAUACCAAGUAUUCCUUUAGGCUUGAAAUGUUACAUUUGCAUUCGCACGAACUGGGGUAGACGCUCCGUAUUCAUGCACCAGCUUGAAAUACG